AUGGCAGCAAACUCGAGCACCACCGCGGGACAUCCCGGUGGGCUGAUCGAUAAACUGCAUUCGAGUACGGACGAGGUGCUCAGUGCCGCCAAGACAUCGCCAGAGUUUCGCAGCGCAGAGCAUGAAGCUAAAGAACGCAGGGUUGCACAAAUGAUGGCGGAUCAGAUGCUGAUGCCCAUGACUGUCAACGAGGUCACUGUCAAUGGCGCAAAGAACAUUCGACGAGGCUUUCUCGACCCCAUCUUCGCACCGCUACUAAGCGACAGCCCAAACGCUCCUUCGACUGUCGGCGAUGUCAUGGCAAAGCUUCAGAUGGCGAGCUCAAAGCUGUCUGGCCUGCAGAUUCUUAGAGAGCCUCCCGAGGUAUACCUGUCACAAGCCAGCCAAGUCGACCCUUCCACGAGUCCGAACGAUGUCAACGUGUCCAUUGGACUGAAAGAAUUGCCGCGAUUCAAACUCCAGACCGGUACUGAUGUUGGCAACGGCGAAGGCUCGGCCUAUGGAUCGCUUUUAUGGAGAAAUAUGUUUGGAGGAGCAGAGAUGCUCACCUUGAAUGCCAAAGCCGGCACGCGGACGAGGUCGGCGUACAGCGCUAACUUGAGUGCGCCGGUGUUGAGUGACCCCGACAUGAGAAUCUCGCUAGAGGGACUGGCAUCUGCCGCAGAAAAACCAUGGGCAUCGCAUGAAGAGGUCGUCAAAGGUGGCUCGCUACGUUUCUCGUGGUUUAACGCUGAGAGGGACACGCACUCUGUUGAGUAUUCCGGUGCAUGGCGGCAGGUCACUGGUCUGGGUCAGGGAGCCAGCCCAACUGUUCGCCAGGAUGCUGGUGAUACAAUCAAGAGUGCUAUCAAGCAUACGUUCCACCGGGAAAGGCGCGACAACCCACAGCUACCCCAGUCCGGCUACAUGCUACGAUCUGGACUAGAGCUUGCUGGUAUCGGACCUCUUGGUGGCGAUGUAUCCUUCUCAAAGGGCGAGGUUGAAGCAAGCGGUGCGAUUCCCAUCCCACUGCCAGGGGCCCAAGAGCGAUCAGGCGCAUCCAUCGGCGCUGGAUUCCGAAUGGGAAUGCUCUAUCCCCUACCCUUGGGGUUCAACCUCGGCGGCGAAUCGUCACCUAGCCGUCUCAACGACCGCUUCCAGCUUGGUGGUCCAACAGAUGUUCGUGGAUUCAAGCUCGGCGGCCUGGGUCCCCACGACGGCACAGAUGCAGUAGGGGGAGACUUAUUCGCCGCUGGAAGCGUGAACAUGCUACUCCCGCUUCCAUACAAGGGACCAGACUCUGGUCUCCGAUUCCAAAUGUUCGCCAAUGGCGGCCGCCUCGUCGCCCUCAAGGACAGCAGCAAAUCCACGGAAGUUGGGUCGCGAGGACUCAACGCUGGCGCUGUCCGCGACGGUAUGCUCGGUGCUAUUGGAGAUUUGGUCAACGGCGCGCCAAGCAUGGCUGCUGGCGUUGGACUUGUGUACGCCCAUCCUGUGGCCAGGUUCGAACUCAAUUUUAGUCUGCCACUGACGCUACGCCGUGGCGAGGUUGGAACCAAGGGCCUUCAGAUGGGUGUUGGUAUCAACUUUUUGUAA